AGGGUGCCGCGCCGGCAGGCACCCCAGCAGGGCGCGGGCCCGCCGGAGGCCCUGCGGCUGGAGGCGGGGCCCCUGGCGGCCGCGAGGGCGUGCCUCGCCGCCGCCACGGCGGCCGAGCGGGAGGUCGCCGCCGAGGCCUUCGAGGCCUGGAGGGGGCAGUUCCCGAUGGUGGCGAAGCUCCGCAGCUUCUACUGCGGCAGGGACGCGGCGGGCGCGGAGGUGCACGUGCCCUGCGGCCGCUCCCACGUCGAGGCCCGCUUCCUCGGGGUGGCGAGGGAGCUGGGCGUUCCUGCGCGCCGAGCGCUGGACGUGCUCGGCGGGAGCCUGCAGUCGCUGAAUGAGCCCGACGCGGAGCUCGCGCGCAAGGUGAGGGCGCUCCUCGCGAAGGCGAGCCGGCAGGAGGCUCUCGAGCUGUUGCGGACGGCCCCGAAGUUCCUGGGCACCAUGAGCGUCCGCGAGUGGGAGACGCGAGAGCUCCCAGACAUCCGAGCCCGCGCCGCCUUGGACAACGCUUUCGACGCUCUGAACUUCCCGGUCCGAUUUGUGUUCGACAGGACGAGGGACGCCACCGCUGCGCUCAUGGAGCCCGGCACGGAGAGCGCAGACGACGCGCCCUCCCAGGAGCAGCUGCGGGUCAUGGCGGACAGGCGGAAGAGCACCUACAGCGCCCUGUCUGCUGUGUUCUGGCCCCUGCUCGUGGGCGGGAUGCUGUGGCUGACGUACAUGGACUCAACGUAUGGGGGCCCCAUUCACGGCAGGGGCGCAUGCGUUCCGAGCAUCGUCCCCGCCUACAACAUCCCGGACGCCAAUGGCAAUUCGAGGCUGCCCUGCACGUGCGCACCGUUGUACGCGUGGUACGUAGAGCCCCUGCUGCCCGAAGGCCUCUUCGAGCCGCCCAAAGUGGAGAGCCAGAACUGCGGCAAGACGAUGGGGGGCGAGAGGCAGGCCUGCGACCCCAAGACCGUCGGGGGCUGCGUCUGGACCGCGGAGGACCUCCGCAGGGACCCGUCCUACUGGGACCCGCCGGAGCGCCGCCUCACGCACUGGGAGCAGCAGAGGUGCUCGGACAGCGCGAGCUUCUGCGGGCUCGGGUCGGGGCGCGCGGCGCCCUGACGCCCUCGUCGCACCAUGAAGGAGGGCGGUCUUGGACGAGAGGGCUUCCCGAAGGCUCCUCGCCGUCCUCGGGCUCCCUUCUUGGCUGUUCGGGCCUCUUUGUCAGUCAGGCCACGGCUGGUUGGUUCGUGCUGUGUUCCAGGGGCUGGUUUGGCGUCCUCCGUUUCAUGCCCAGCCUUCCCGUCCAAAGUCCGCGCCAAUCUGAUUCCGCCUCUCUCAGGCGAACGUUUAAAGGUAUGCCCCACUGUUUCGUGGCUUCCUUCCUGUGCUGCUUCGUCGUUGUGGCGUUUGCUUGCAGAGGAA